UUUGCAUUUGUUUCCCAGAUACAUCUAUACCCUAUGCGUCUCUUCGCCACCGCCGCCGCAGCCGUCCUCGGAAUCUUCGUUGGCACUUCUGUUGAUGCCAUCGCCCCCAUUGAGAUCAAAGGCAAUCGCUUGUUUGAGUACGGCACCGGCAAACCGUUCCAUGCCAAAGGACUUGACUACUACCCUCGACCCAACUCGGGCGAAUUGAACGUUAACAACUUGGACUUCUUCACAGACGACCACGAGUCCAUCUGGAAGCCCCAUGUUGCAGAAUUCAUUGCACUCGGUAUCAACGCCGUUCGGUUGUAUGCUGUGGACGCAUCCAAGAGCCACGACAAAUUCAUGUGCGCCUUGUCCGAAGCCGGUAUCUACGUCUUGGUGGAUUUGGCUUCCAGUUGUCAAGAUUGUGCGAUUACAAAGGACCCGUACCCGGCUUGCUACCCGGCCCUUCUUAAGACCCGCGGCCAACAGAUCAUCGCGGCGUUCUCCAAGUACAACAAUGUGCUGGCCUUCAGCGCAGGCAACGAAGUGAACCACUUCGUAGACUCUAUGGAAAUCAGCGCGCCAUGCCAGAAGAAGUUCAUCAAGGACAUGCGCGCGUACAUUAGCUCAUGUGCAACCAACAUGCGCUACAUUCCCGUCGGAGUCGUCCUCGCCGACCACCAGCGCUCAGAAAACGCACUCUACUACGCGUGCCGCACCGACCCCACCGACGAAUUGGAAAAUGCCGAAUGGUACGGAUUGAACGCGUACUUGCAAUGCGACCCAUUAGCAUCGCUGAACCCGGGGCAAGUCGGCGCGGGGUACCGCAAACUCUUGGAUGACUUCACAUCGUACGAGUUGGCAAUUCCCACGAUCCUCACUGAGUUUGGCUGCCUCAACGUCGGCUUCCCCACUGUCGACGGCUUCCAGGCGCAACGAACGUGGGUGGAUGCGGCGUGGCUUCUCUCGCCAACGUUUGCCGACGUUUUUGCCGGUGGCUUUGCGUUUGAGUUCACGACCGAAAACGCUAACGCCGAAAAGGACUCCCCGUUCCCGUUCAAGACAUUCGGCCCACAGAACUACGGCCUCGGGUACCUUGAGCCGGAGACGUGCGACGCCGACAAAACGCCGUGCGUGUUUCAACGCAUGCCCAACUUUGACUCCCUCGCCGCGGCGUACGGAAACGCGUCCACAGCCGGCCUCCCUGAGCGAUCUUCAUACUCUCCCUCGCACACGACGCCGCCCCAGUGUCCCGCCGGAGUUCCAUCGAUCGUUGGAGUGCUCUGGCCAGCGGAUUCCGAAACCGACAUGCUGUGCCCAGACCUGACGCAGACACCGCUGUGUCCGGGGGAUAUCAUCAACACUGGCAAGUCCAGCCCGCCCAAGCCAUCGGUGAAGACGGUGUCCCCCGUCAAAGGGAUGCCCACCGUACCUCCAUCGGCACCCUCCCCGCCCAGUCCAGGCAGCACCCAAGGCAACCCUGCCACAGUGGCCGGUACAGGCGUUGUAGGGGUUGUGGUCAUGGCGACAGUCGCGUGGUCGAUGGUGCUGGUGUAAAAUUACCCUCCAUGUGCGUGCUAGCGAUGAUACUCCCAGAUUUACACUAGUAGGUACGGAAUCUAAGCAAGACCUGGAGUGUAUUUUAUGGACUACUGUAACUAUGAAUACCAGUUACUGCGUACCUAC